CUUCCUCUCCUUCCCUCGGUGACCAACAGGAAACAUUCAAGUUUCGUACUUUCAAUGAGGGAUCAAAGACUCAUACCUUGAAAUUUAGUGUACAACAACAACAAAAAUGACGACCUAUGGAACAAUACCGUCAGAAUUACCAGACUCUUCGUCAAAUUUCAUCCUCCGUGCCAGAGAACAGAUCCAAUGCAACCUUGGCACACGGCGGCCAUGGAAGGAGAUGAUCCGUAUGAAUUCCUUCAACUUCCCAUCCAACGUCAACGUCUCCCUACAGAGAAUCCGAACCAAUGUCGCAUUCUUCCGCACAAACUAUGUCAUUGUUGUCCUGUUCCUCCUGUUCCUCAGCUUGCUCUGGCACCCCAUCUCCCUGAUCGUCUUCAUCAUCAUGAUGGCCCUGUGGCUCUUCCUUUAUUUCCUCCGUGACCGACCGGUAAAAGCUCUCGGCUACGAGGUGGACGACCGCAUCGUCAUGACGACUCUCUUAGUGCUCACCGUGGCCGUGCUCUUCCUUACAGACGUGACGGUGAACGUCAUGGUGGGACUUACAAUUGGGGUGGUUGUUGUUUUGGUGCAUGGGUUAUUGAGAAGUACAGAUGAUUUAUUCUUUGUAGAUGAUGAAGAAGGGAUUGGAUCGCCGGCGUUAUUUCGCCGCGACGAUGCACCAGUGCCUCUACCGUUAAAACAUCCGGCGUCUUCUUCAUUUUCAAUGUCCUAGUAUAUUCUCUAACAUUAAUUAUGUUAUGCCCUUCAUCGAAAAAACCUGCAAAUACAUUUUCCAUUCUUUCGAGUUUUCGUUUCAUUUAAACUUUUCCUUAAGAAGCAAAUGCAUUAGAUUCAAUUUUUCCAUGAAUAUGGCAUAAUGCACUGUGGUUUUGCAGAGAAUAAUUUCAAGAGAAAUUA